ACUUGGAGAGAGAGGGAGAGGGAGGGGGAGACCGGGAGAGAGGGGGGAGGGAGAGAAAGAAGCAAAUAUUUCCAGAUUUGGUGGCUCCUAACCGAUCUACCUCAAGUUAGUGAUUGGAGGCUCAAAUGCUUGGAUUUGCACCAAACUUGUGAACAGAUGACUGCUCCACGAGGUUGAAGCGCAUCUAUAUUCCAGCAUCUUCUCUAUUCUGAAAAACUCCAAGUGGAGAACAACUACCUGCAGUGGAACUGUGGAAGCUUGGAAAUACCAAUGGCAGCAAGAACCGUUGGAUCUCUCCCUGUGGCUAAUGUGCAGGCACUUGCGGAAACUUGCAACGGGUUCAAUGACAAGAUACCGGAAAGAUACGUCAGGAUGGAGGCUAGGUCUGAGGAGGUGAUCAUCGGCCAUGGUAGUACUUUGGUAAUUCCAAUUGUCGAUCUCAACAAGUUACUUGACCCACAGUCAACGGAGGAGGAGUGCGUGAAGUUGGUUUCUGCCUGUCAGAACUGGGGCUUCUUUCAGCUCACCAACCAUGGAGUUCCAGAUGAAGUGAUUGAGAACCUGAUGAAUGACAUAGCUGAGUUCUUCAAGCAGCCACUUGAAGCCAAGAAGGCUUGCUCACAGCUACCAAACAGCCUUGAAGGCUACGGACAGGCCUUUGUUGUGUCCGAUAACCAGAAACUGGACUGGUCUGACAGAUUUUUCCUUCAUGUUCGUCCAGUUGAGUCAAGGGACUUGCGUUUCUGGCCUACAAACCCUGCGUCCUUCAGGCAUUCUGUAGAUGUAUAUUCCUCAGAGGUAGCAAAGCUAUCAUGUCGCUUGCUGGAGUUCAUGGCCAAGGGCAUGGGCGCUGAGCCAGCAUCGCUGCUAGGAAUGUUUGAAGGUCAGCAUCAGGGCAUGAGGAUGAACUACUACCCUCCAUGCUGGCAAGCUGAUCAGGUGUUAGGGCUGUCACCACACAGCGAUGCAUGUGGCUUGACACUCUUAUUACAGAAGAGAGAUGUGCAGGGCCUGCAGGUCAAGAGGGAUGGCAAGUGGUUUUCUGUGGACGCUUUGGAUGGUGCACUCAUUGUUAAUGUUGGCGACGCACUUGAGCUCCUGAGCAAUGGAAACUUUAGAAGCGCUGAGCAUAGGGCCGUGAUACACCAAAAUAAAGAGAGAAUUUCAGUAGCAAUGUUCCACCAACCUUGCCAGGAUCUGAUAGUUGGCCCUCUGCCGGAGUUUGUGAAAGGCGAAAAAGUGCGGUACAGAUCAACAAGUUACCAGGAUUUCUUGACGCAGUACUUCAAAGCAAAACUUGACGGGAAAAAUCACCUUGAAAAAUUCAAGCUGUAGUAGUAACCAUCUACCGAUGGAGGGAGGUGCACCCUCUUUCAUGCUGUGUCCUACAGAAGAUAUUCCUUGUCAUAUCUGUUGGUGAAAAGAAACCUGUAUUAUGAUGACGACUUUACCAAAUAGUUUGUGUCUUGAACUAUAUAUUAGGUAUAUUUUGUUCUCAA